AUGACUAUCGAAGGGGUUGCGGAAAAAUCCUCUAUAGAUAUGAGCGAUCGUGAGCUUGCUGUGGAGAUGCAAAGAAUCUCCGAUAUUCUUGGCUCUGGUAAUCAUACUACAGCUAGUGGAGAGGAUUGGAAUAAACGUCUUGAAGCGCUAAAACAACUUUGCACACUUGCUCGAGAGGAUAUAUCGAAACGUCAAGGAUUUCUUUUGCUUAUGAGUACAUGUGUGAAAGUUCCACUCCAACGACAUAUUGAGGAGAUUCGAACUGCUUUAAGUGUUAAUGCAUGUGGGGUGGUUGUGGCUUUCGCAGAACAUUCGAGUAACCGAACGGCUUGGCAAACAAUGACGGAGUGGUUUGUGCCUUCACUUUUGUUGUUGACUAUGCGCACUAAGCAAGUCUCUGUGAAGGCGGCUACAGAUACUUUGGAGGUGUUGGCGAGAACAAAUAGCUUUGGUUUGGGUGCCUUUACUGAACUUAUUCGUGGCUGUACCGCUAAACAUUCAACAACGCGCAGUAGUGCAUUUCGUGUGGUUCAGAUUAUAAUUCAGCAAAGUCAAAAUGACGAUGAUGAGUUCCCUCUCUCUAAACACAUAGAUACAAUUUCUAGAACUCUACGUUAUGGACUAGUGGAUGCAGAUGCACAGACGCGUAAGUCUGCACGUGAUUGUUACUGGGCUUUCCAUACAUCUGAACCAGAAGCUGCAGAAACACUAUACAAGGGACUAGAAAACCCUGUGAAACGUGCAUUAGAGCGUGAGAAGACUAUCUCUAUUGGAAAGAAAAAAAAUGUUACUACUACUACUACUACUACUACUACUACUACUACUACUGCUACUGUAAAACCAGUUAUUGUGAAGGUGGCCGAUGGCAAUGAAGGUGUAAAAGGAUUAAAAGAAACAACACCAUUAUCACGAACACCACAAUCAACAAAAAAAUCUGAGUUAGCUGGUACUAAUACUAAUACUGAGGUUCGUAAAGGUUCAGAUAUUAAUGCAGCGGCUAGUUGGGCUUUAUUGCAGGAUGCAUUGCGAAGCACAUCGUGGUCUCAACGAUUACGUGGAUUACGUCGUCUCUCAGAGCAAUUUACAUAUCUUCAUCAUAAAAAUGAAUGUGUAAAGUUACUCCUUCCACGACUAAAUGAUCCGAAUCACCGUGUAGCACAAGCUGCAAUUCAAGCAAUGCAAGUCGUAAUGCGUUGUUCACCUGCUCUUUUAAAGGAUGAAUUACCAGAAUUGAUAACGGCUCUUCUUGUAAAUCUAAGUGGAAAUAAAGAAGUACUUUCAAAUGCUUCUCGAGAACUAUUAGCCAGUAUUAUUAAAAUGAGUUCUGUGGAUGAUAUUGCACAUGCCAUAUAUCGUUCUCUUUGUGAUAUCGUUGCCCCCAAAGUAAAGGUACAUGCAUUAGAGUAUGCUCAAUACCUUUAUACACAGAACACAGAACAUUUUGCACAGAUAACACCGAUGAAACUUGCAGUUACCCAAAUUCUACUAGUAUUACAGAGUGAUAAAAAAAAAGGUGAUGUAUAUAAGGCAAGUGUUUCUGCUCUUACCACACUGUAUGUUGUAGGUAAACAAACUUUUCAUCGAGUCUUAAAACAACUUACGACUGGUGAAAGGGAUACUGUUGUAGAGGCACUUGAGAUUGCUGUACCUCAUCUUGUACAGGAAUGUAGACGACGAUCUUUCGGUGAAAGACCUCUGCAACAUCCUGUUCCACAUGUACGUUCACCAUUUGCAGAAGCUCUGGGGAAACGUAUGUCAGGAUCAUCGCCAACAUCAGGGACAAAAUCAGAAAAAUCCAAAGCUGUGCGAUCUGUACAAGUUACACCAACUUCCUCUACCGCCAAGAAGACACCUCAACAUCAUAAAAAAGAAAGAAGUUCAUCUCAAGUAUUACGAAAGGAGGGUGGAGAAAGUCCAAAAUAUCUCACUACAGGUGAUGCUACUGGUGGUGGUGGUGGUGGUGGUGUAAUACGUUUCUCUACAACUUUAGCUCCAUCACAACAUCGUGAGUCAUCAAUGCGAACACCUAGUUAUCAUGAUCCUAUUGCCCCUGUCUCAUUACCUCUUUCACGGCGUUGUGUAAAUAAUAAUAAUAAUAAUAAUAAUAAUAUAGGUGAUGCAAGUGAUAUAUUAGAUCGACUUGAUGAAGCAUGUGGUGCCUUGGAUACUUGUACUUUUUUAGAUCAUAUUAAUAAUAUGAUAGCAACAAACCCCAAUCCUUGGUUAGACGUUUUUGGUCGUCUUUUCAUGCAACUAGAAAAACUUGUUCCUCAAUCUGUAGAACCCAAUCAUUCUGUGCGGCGUCUAGGACUUCUUAUACUUCAAACUGCAGUUGGAAGUAAGGUUUUAAGACGUUGUGUUAGUAGAUCGUUGAAGCGUGUCCUCCUUUUAACACGUAUUGGAAUUGAUGAUGUGUUUCCUGAAGUACGAAUGGAAUCUAUAGCAUUGUUACAACUUAUUUUAAAUAGUGGUUUAUACCCUUUAGAUCAUUGUUUAAAUGCUCUUGCUGUAAGUUUAGAGACAUGGUUUCGUGGUGAUUCUGAUUACUGUAGUCAUGGUUGGCUAAUGUUAUUAGAGUCUGUGGAGCAAGUCUUUAGACGAUUAGGACGUAGUAUUGUGUUAGUUCAGAAUAAGUGUGACGAAUCCCCAAUUUCACAAGAUACACUGCCGGGAAUUAUAGGAGAGCCAGUCUUUCAUCGAUUAUGCAGUGUAGUGGUUCGUGCAGUGCAGCACAGUGUUUCUGAAGUUCGACUCACUGCUGUUCUUGUUUGUGUUUCUAUCUGGAUGGCAUUAGAUAAUGUCGCUCUACCAUAUUUUGUAGAUCUUACGGCAUCCCAGCGUAAACUUAUCUCAAUAUAUUAUAACAAAAUUGCCGUUGAGCAAAUGCCAGGUUUACAAAGUGUACCUCCACAACGUGAUAUGUCACGUGAGAUGCGAGUUAUGGGCCUACCAGAAGCUAUUUGUAUCUAA